AUGGAUUCUGAAAUGCAAAAUAUCUGCUUAGCUAUUAGUAAUAAUAAAAGUGAAAGUUCAGAAAUAACCAUUGCUAAUGAAAGUGUUAAAAUCAUCACAUCUAAUGAAAGCAUAGGAACAAUUGUUAAUAAAGGUUCUGAAGUAACCAUCAUUAAUAAAAAGUAUAAGAAAAGCAAACCAGAGUUAUAG